AUACACGAUCACAUUUUCUUCCACAUCAAUACACCAUCACUUGUUCAUAAUAAUAAUAACUAGGUUUUCUUCCACAUCAAAUUUUCACCGAUCAUCAAUUCUCAAUCACGUACAAUGUCUUCCGAUCUCUCCACCAUUCUCCCUCGUGUUCUAAUCGUUUCUAGACGAACCCUACGUAAGAACAAGUUCGUUGAUUUCGUUGGUGAAUAUCACCUUGAUCUUAUAGUAAGCUAUGGCGCGGUACCGGUCAUAGUUCCGCGUGUUUCCGGUGUUCACAUGUUGUUAGACAGCUUUGAACCAAUCCAUGGUGUGCUUCUAUGUGAAGGAGAAGACAUUGAUCCAUCAUGGUAUGCAGAAGACACAUCAUCUCUUUCCCAAGAGGAACUAGAAGAAAUAAAGAGACUACAUGUGAGUGACACAUCAAUUGAUAAAGAGAAAGAUUCGAUCGAACUAGGACUCGCGAAGCUUUGUCUCGAAAGAAACAUUCCUUACUUGGGGAUAUGUCGAGGUUCGCAGCUCCUAAAUGUGGCGUGUGGAGGUAGUUUGUAUCAAGAUAUAGGUAAAGAGAUUUCUAAGAAGUGUUUAGAAGAGAGUGAAAUGGUGAUGCAUAUUAACUAUGAUGAUUAUGAUGGACAUAGACAUGAGGUGAAAGUUGUUGAGGAUACACCUUUGCAUCAUUGGUUUAAGGAUUCUUUGGAAGAGGGGAAAAUGGAUAUUUUGGUUAAUAGCUAUCAUCACCAAGGUGUUAAGAGACUUGCGCAACGGUUUGUUCCUAUGGCUUUUGCUCCUGAUGGUUUGGUUGAAGGGUUUUAUGAUCCUGAUGCUUAUAAUCCUGAAGAGGGGAAGUUUAUCAUGGGAUUGCAGUUUCAUCCGGAGCGUAUGAGGAAGGCUGAUUCGGAAGAAUUUGAUUACCCGGGAUGUCCCUUCGCUUAUCAGGAAUUUGUAAAAGCAGUUGUUGCAUAUCAGAAGAAGCUGAACAGUAAAGCAUCUGUCCAAAAGCCUCUAAAGCUUAACAAGGAACUGGAAAACAAAAGGAAAAGUAUAGUGCGUAGUUUCUCACUUGCAAAAGACCUAUACAACCAUGGCCAAGAUAUGAACUCCACCAAAGAAUCUGAACUUGAAGCAGGAGUAGAGUUUCUUGAGUCAAACACAGCUUUGAGUGUGCAGCAAGAGAAUAGGCUAAAGCAAAUGGGAGCAACAGUUAGGAAUGCAGGAUCAUACAUAGAGAGACUGAAGCAGAAUGAGGAAAGAGAGAAAAUGGCAAGAAGGGUGAUGGAUAAAAUGUCAAUAGAACAGUUAUCAGAACUCUUGUCUUUCUAUCAUACUAUGGGACAGAUUAGUUCAGAAGUAUUGGAGAAAAAGAUACAUGGCAUUGUCAAUGACAUUGAUUAGUUUAUGAUUUUUUUUUUUUUUUUACUUUGUCUUUUGUUGACCAUGUGUAGUAUUUGUACCAAGUUUGAUGUGCUACACUAUGGGACAUGAUUCGUUGUAUGUUUUGUAUUAUUUCUUUCUUUAUUUGGUAAGAGUGCUCAUUUUUGUAACA